UAGACCUAGAGGCAGCCCCUGCCUUUCUUAUCAGGCACAUUCUAGGAGAGGCAUUCAAAUGCCACUUCUUCUUAGAAGCCCUCCUUGUUCCUGCUUCUAAGAAUAUUUUCCCAAUGCAGGCAUGGGUUAGAAACCUGCUGCUCCUGGCCCCUGCAGCCACACCCUGGAAUGCUGGCCGCAAGGAUAACCAGGUGCAAACCGUCUCUGGAGCCGAGCAUUGCGGUGCAUUGAGGAGACCAGAGGCUUUAAGGAACACUGCAUGGCUCAGUACAGAUGGUGAGAAAGAAAAGAGCGGUGAUGUGCAGAGCACCUGGGUCUGAGUGAAGGUAUUGUGCUCCCAGCGAGCUCCUCCUCCUGCCCUGAAGAAGAUGGUGGGUUUUUCUGCCUGUUCUGCUGGCUUUCUCUUCCCUCUCCUCCUCCUCCAGCUGCCCACAUGGUGCUCGGCAGCAUCUGGGUUUUCUGUGAAGGGACCAGCUGAACCCGUCAUGGCCCUGCUGGGGGCGGAUGCCACUCUGCCCUGCCAGCUGUCCCCUGAGCAGAGUGCAGCCCACAUGCACAUCCGGUGGUACCGAGCCCAGCUCUCCCCCGCUGUGCUCGUGCACCAGGACGGACAGGAACACGAUGGAGAACAAAUGCCGGAGUACCGUGGCAGGGCGGAGCUGGUGGCGGACUCCAUCGGCAAGGGGGCCGUGGCCCUGCUGAUACGCCACGUCCGUGCCGCUGACAAUGGCCAGUACCGUUGUUAUUUUAAAGAUGGUCCCAUCUCCCAGGAGGCCACUGUGGAGCUGCAUGUUAUAGGCUUGGGCUCUGUCCCUCACAUUCACAUGACGGGGCCUGAGGAUCGCGGGAUUCGAGUGCUGUGUUCCUCAGGCGGCUGGUUCCCAAAACCCAGGCUGCAGUGGAGUGACACGGGGGGAGUGAAGCUCCCAUCCCUCUCUGAGUCUCAGACCCAGGAUGGAGAUGGGCUCUUCUACAUGGAGGCAUCACUUGUGGUCACAGACAGUUCUCUGGGCAAUGUGACCUGCUCCAUCCAGAAUCCCCUUUCUGGGCAGGAGAAAGUGGCCACCAUCUUCCUCCCAGAGCCCUUCUUCCCCAAGAUGUGUCCGUGGAAGGCAGCCCUGGCUGGAACACUCCCUGUGCUGGUGCUCCUCCUCAGUGGGAUCAGCUACACUGGCUGGCGAGAACAUCUAGCCAAAGAGAGAGCAGUGAAGAAGAGGAAGAAAGAAUCUCAUGAAAGAGAUCAGAUGAAGAGUGAAAAAGAAAUGGCACAUAAUGCCAAAGCAAAUCUCACAGCAGAGCUCGGAAGGAGAAAGAAGCUGUACGCAGCAGAUUGGAAGAAGGCCCUGCUAUAUCCUGACUGGAGGAAGGAGCAGUUCGAGCUUGCCCCUGUGACUCUAAAUCAUAAACAUUUUUGCCAGAACAAUUCUGACCCAGAGAGAAAAGAGAACAUGGGAGAGGAAACACAGGAUCUCUAUCUUAGUAAAAACCAAGGAGACCAAAACCUUAUCACGCUUAAUAUGGAAGGCUUCACUUCACGGAGAUACUAUUGGGAGGUGGACAUUGAGGACACCUGUGAGUGGACUCUAGGCAUUUAUGAAAAGCCCAAAGACAGCAGUGGAUCACCCCAAGAUCCACUAAGGAAGAAAUUCAGAGUCUUGGAGAAGAAGGGAUGUGAAUACAGGGCUCUCACCUGUUGUCUCCAAGGCAUUUCUCUAGAAGAGCCUCUCCGGAUAGAAGUGUGUCCAAAAAAGAUUGUGAUUUUCUUGGAUUAUGAAGAUAAUGACAUUUCUUUCUACAACAUGACUGAUGGUGCCCAUAUUUUUUCCUUCACCCAGGCUGGAUUCUCUGGGUCACUGUAUCCUUACUUCAAACUGAAGUCCAUGGAGCUCUCUCCAUCUGUUCAAUAGUGAACAACUUAGAGGAAAAACCUAGACCAUGGAGGCAGGAGCCCAUGAAUGCUCCGAGAGCACUGCUGGGACUCCAGUCCUGGUGGCUGGCCUCAAGCCCACCGAUUUUGAGGCCUCUUUGCCCAAGGCCUUGUAAGUCUGCAUGACCAGAGCUUCUGACCACAUCAAGCAGUGUUUCUUAAACAAUCUGCAGAGAAGAGUCAUUUUUGGUUAUUGUUAUAAAUAUAUUAUUUCUUGAUUUAUAUAUAAUAUAUCACAGACUGAUCAUUUUCUAAAAUAAAUUACUGAAAAAUGAAGUGAAUAAAAAACAAAAAUGCAAAGA